AUGAAGUUCAACGUCGCGAAUCCGACCACUGGUUGCCAGAAGAAGCUCGAGAUCGACGAUGACCAGAAACUCCGUGCGUUUUAUGAUAAGAGACUCUCUCAAGAAGUCAGUGGAGAUGCUUUGGGCGAGGAGUUCAAGGGGUACGUUUUCAAGAUCAUGGGUGGGUGUGACAAGCAAGGUUUCCCAAUGAAGCAGGGAGUUUUAACUCCUGGCCGUGUUCGCCUUUUGCUUCACAGAGGAACUCCUUGCUUCAGAGGACAUGGAAGGAGGACCGGAGAGAGGAGAAGAAAGUCUGUUCGUGGUUGCAUUGUCAGCCAAGAUCUCUCUGUUCUUAACCUUGUCAUCGUCAAGAAGGGUGAGAAGGAUCUUCCCGGGCUUACCGAUACCGAGAAGCCAAGGAUGAGGGGACCUAAGAGAGCUUCCAAGAUCCGUAAACUGUUCAACCUCACUAAGGAUGAUGAUGUGAGGAAGUACGUCAACACUUACCGCCGCAAGUUCACAAACAAAAAGGGUAAGGAAGUGAGCAAAGCCCCCAAGAUCCAGAGGCUUGUCACUCCUUUGACACUUCAGAGGAAGAGAGCUAGAAUCGCCGACAAGAAGAAGAGGAUUGCUAAGGCUAACUCUGAUGCAGCUGAGUACCAGAAGCUUCUUGCCUCAAGGUUGAAGGAACAACGUGAGAAGAGGAGUGAGAGUUUGGCAAAGAAGAGGUCUAGACUCUCUUCUGCUGCUGCCAAGCCUUCCGUUACUGCUUGA